GCUGGUCGGUCUUUCAAUCCCGGACGCGGAAUCCUUUUCGCUUCCCCGACUUUCAACCGGUCCGAUCAACAUGCUCCCCUUUCAGAACUCUUCGGCCCAAACUCUUUCAUGUUUUCACACCUCUUGGAUCGCUUUCAUUUAGCAUGCAGUACUGUCGAAGAAAGCGAAGUUCUUGUAGUGGCAUCUAGUCAUUACCGAGUGAUGGAACCGGCAAGCAUCGCGGGUUUCCCAACCGUUCUGGUUCAACGUCCUGGAUGCUUGGGAUCGGAAGUUGACCUCGGGACAUGUGAUCCCACCCUACUGGUCGACGGAUUACAAGCUCUAGCAAUGAAGCUACAACAGUCAUCGUCUGUCCUUUGUCCUUCACCACUGAAGCAAGCUAUGAGUUUCCAAUUGCAAAUCCGCGUCUAUGGCAUAUAUCAGGUGACAAGCAUACUUGGAAUGGGAGGCUUUGGAAAUGUGUCGAGUACUUUCCAUGUUCUCACCGGCUCGAAGCUGUAUGCGAAUCUCGAACAGCUCCGAAGACUAUGCAGGGGUGAGCUUUCUUUGAAGAAGGUAUUUAUGCUCGGAUUGCAAAUGUUGGAUAGAAUUGAAUUCGCACAUUCACGAGGAGUCGUCCUGCGUGAUGUCAAGCCUGAAAAUUUUGCGAUGGGCAUCGGGGAGAAGUCUCACAUCGUCUACUUAUUCGACUUUGGUCUAGCGAAGGUUUACGUCGACCCAUCGACAGGAGCACAUAUAACAUUCCGUGAAGGCCGCGUUCCAGUGGGGACCGCGAGGUAUAUGAGCUAUAUGCACAUCUUGGACGAGGUUCAACAAGGACGGCGAGACGACCUUGAGAUAUUGGGCAACGUCCUACUAUAUCUUUUGCAUGGACAUCUGCCUUGGCAAGGCAUCUACCCGCCAAGUGUCGAGGCCAAACUACUUCGAAUCGGGGAGAUGAAAGCCGGUUCAGCGUUCCGUGACCUGCUUGCGCGCUCAUCUACGGAAUUCACAACGUACUUCGACCACUGCCGUGGUUUGAAGUCUGAAGAAAAGCCGAGCUAUGCAUUGUUGAGACAGCUUUUCAGCCAGAUAACGGACAGGGAAGGAGGCAUGGGAGAUACCAGGUUUGACCAGGCGGAUGAAAGUUCCCGCAAAGGUACACUGGUGCCUGAUGAAUAUAUCUCAGAUGUCCGAUUCACAGGGGGAGAUUUGACCACGCUACAGGGCAUUCGCCUCGCUUCCUUCAACGCCGUUUGAAUCCCCCUACACUCAAGUCGCCCAAAUCAACAUAAUUCAGGCAUAUGUAGACUACCUUGUACUGUAUAAGUAGACCGUUUUCUUUUGAUCUCGAAGCUGUGAGAG